AAUAAAAUAAAAAAAAAUCAAGCCAGAAAAAACAUCAUAAUCCAGAACAGGGGUCUGCAACCCGAGGCUCUGGAGCCAUAAGCAGCUCCUUCCUCUCUCCAUUGAGGCUAUUUGGCUAUAAAGAAAAAUACAUAAAUUCAAUAAAUAAUGGGUUUGUAGUUUUAGUUCAUUUGUCUUUGUAAAUUUUGUGAUGCCAACAGAUUUUUAACUUUUCAAAUAACUAAAAAAAAUUAUGAUUAGAUUGGUUUGUUAUUAGAAUACACUUGAAAAAAAUAUAGAUUUUUUUAAAAAAUUAUAUGCUAUUCUAAAAGAAGGAAAAGGAUGAAGGUACACAAGUCAUAAUGAUGGAUUGUUUCAUUUGACUUUCUUGCAUUUUAAUUCAAGUAAAUCUGCUCCAGCAGAAGGAUUUUCUUUAACAUGGGGUGGGUUUUAUUGUUAAAGGAACUUAUUUAUACAGUAAAAGAAAUUAAAAUUGCUAUAUUUAGAAAAAAAUUCAAUAAUUCAUCCAUCCACCUUAUUAACCUGAAAUAUAUUUUUUGGGGAAAGGUGGGAUACAAUCUGGUUAGGCCAUCACUUUGUCGCAGGGCACCAAAGUCUCCACAAAGAGGUCCCAGCAGGGAUUCUUAUCGGUCUUCUUUCUGUGAGACGAGAGCACUAACCACUGUCCCACCAUAAAUCCCUUCCACAAUAAUUUAAUUGGUGUAAAUAUUUCGAAGAUAUAUGGUAUAAAUAAAUGGGUUAAAUGUAAAAAAAAAAAAAAAGUGUAUUUUUCCUAAAUAGUGGCUCUUGCUAUUUUUUGGUCAGUAGGAAACUGUACCAAUGGAUAUUUUAGUGUUAAAGGCUGCAGACCCCUGAUCUACAAUUUGCAUAGAAUUCCAUUAUAUUUUUAGGGCUAUAAAACCCCUCAUGACUGCGAUGCCCUGGAAAGAUUAGUCAUGUAUGUUCAAUGAAUAAAUUGAAAACAUCAGUGGAGACAACAUGAAUAUCUACUGCAGUUCAUCAUCAAAGCAAAUAACAUGGAGACCAGAGAUGAUCCUGAAUGCAGCAACACCUCCACUUUCACAGCUUUUCCCAAAUGAUAAAACAUUGCUAAAAGCUUAAACCCCCCAAACCAGCCAAUCAGUUGCUAUAACUCUUUUCUCAAAAACAUCACUCUGUGGUCUAAACCUCAAACACAAUUUGGACUUAAUAUUUGGACAUAAUUUGCAAAACUUUGAGUCUACUUUUUGGAGAACAGAUGACACAAUCUCACUUUUAAAACGCAGCCCUUUAAUACGAAUUAGUCAUCCUGUAUCGUUUCCAACAAAGCAUGAUAUUUCCACCCCCAUGCAUCACUGCGGCAUGGUGUUUUUUGAGAUGCAGCUCAGAAUUCUUCCAAGUCCAAACAUGGCAAGUGGCAUUAAUAACAAAUAAUUCUAUUUUGGUUUCAUCUGAACAAAAUAAAACAAUUACUUUGCUGUAAUUGUUAAAUUUUUUAUUAAAAGGCAUUUAUGUUGUAAACCGUCUGUGUGUGCUUUGACAAAUGUAUCGUCGAUACCAAAUGAACUGGCUGUCAGGCAUCAUGGUUGGGUGUGUUCUCUAUAAACUGCCAGCAUUGUUUGCAGGCUGGACAGUCAUGGGACUGUAGGUCACUUGACUUCUCAGAAACUUCAUGUCUUUCAUUAGGAAAUAAAUCAUGAUUCAAUAAGCCUGUCCCAUUUUAGGGUAACCCAGUGAAAGCUUCUAGAGAUUUUUAUCUCUACAAAAGUUGGAAAACCAGCAACAUAUGCAUUGAUGCAUGUAAAUUUCACAUUUGAAGGAAUACAAACCCCAACUUUAUUUUUUUCUAGUGAAUGGGGCUUUUCUCUACAAUUCAGUCAGUGCAGCAGCAUGCAAACUUUAAACCAAGACACUAACGACACAAUUGAAUCAUAAGCUCCGGGUGUGGAGAUUCUUGGAGUUAAUUUACAGCAUUUCUGGAGAAAGCUGCAAAAGGUUCAUCUUCAGAUCUCUGCAGCAGGGCUGCUUUAAGACGUGAGCACAGCGUACAUGCUGCAAAACAAACCUGCUGCUGGUUUUGGGAAUUCCAGACGAAAGCGGACGACUCUCAACAAGAAGAAGUUUGACCAAUAGAAACAUUCUGCAGCAGGAACAUUGCUUUUUUUCCUGUUGGACAAUUGGAGAUGUCGAAUCUUCUCUGCCCAUUUUUUCUUCUGUACUUGCUUCCAGCAGUGGCACCCCUCUUCUGUUACACCUGCGUGUUUCCUGCCAUCUCCCCUCUGGACUGCAUCAGGUUCCCUCUCAAGUGUCCCCCCGGACAGCUGUGCCUGUCCAGCACAGCCGUAGGUCAGCGAGGAGACUUCCGUGUGGUCCUAUAUGAGAAGAGUUGUGUCCUGCCUGCCCUGUGUGGAGUCACAGGUGAGAAAUACACCAUGGGACUCAACUUCACCUUCACCAACGAAUGCUGCAACACUCACCUGUGCAACAGUGCUGCAGCAGCCGCCUUCCCCUGCUGGACUGCCACUUUACUCACCCUGAUGACUGUCUGUGGAGUUUGGUGA